AUGCUUUUAUGCGAUAGGCUAAUUGUAUUCUCAUUUCUUUGCGCUGUUUUGGUAUUUUAUGUUCGCAACGAAUUCGUUGAGGAAGAGGCUACUGAACCACCAUUUGCUCGAAAAAUAGGCAGGCAAAUUAUGGACUUUGUUAACGGUGAAGAUUUAGAAAAAUGUAAACAUUUAUGUUUGUUUGGAUACGUAUUCGAUAUUUUAAAGGAUGAAAAUUUUGAUUGUAUGCAUGGAGUCUAUGUAAAUCUCACUGGUUACGUACCAGGAAUUUAUUUAGACCCGAUGGGGGAACCAACAAACUACCUAGAAAAAUUAAUGCAAUGCUGGGAUUUAAUUGAUCAAGAAAAUAAAAGACUUUUCAUGAUGUUUUCCAAAUGUGAUUUACGAACUGAUGGAGAUCAGGCAUAUGGCUUCUUCAAGUGCUUUCAUUACAUAUGGUUUUCACGUGUUUUACGAUUCCUUCUUUCUAAACGUACCUUUCUUGUUGGUAAGUAUGCAUUCGAAUUAUACCAAUGUGUAUAUUUGUACGAAAUAUCCUAACUGCUCUUGUAUUAAAAUCACAGAUCAUUACUCUACUGUUUUAUUUCAACUACUUCACCUUAAAUUUAGUCAAGUUUAAGCUCAUAAGUCCGCAUAAUUUUAAUCGAUUAUUUGUAAUCUGUUCUUCAAGUCCAACCAAAGAUUUCACAUUUGUUUUCUACUCUAUUUCAGAUCAGAUAAUCAAUUUUCGUAUAUGAUAUUAAAAUAGUUGAAUCAUCCAAAUUUUAUGAAACCAAUAUGUGUAUGUACAGGCCAUAAAGAAGGUGAAAUGUUUGAAAAAAACUUUUCAAUUUCGAAGAUUAUCAUAAUUGUCACUCUAAUGAAUGUUUACUCAAUCCAGUUCAACAUAUCACAUGAAGCAAAUAAGAAUUUCCGGUUAAACAGAUUGAUGCUAUGCGUAUAAAGAAAUACUACACGUUGGUUCUACGGUGAACUGAAUGUCCCAAGAUGUACUCAUUUCUAGAUUGGCUUUAUUAAUGACAGAUAGCAAGUUGAUGAUAUUACUUUUUAAGCAUAAAGUAUUCUUGUUCAAUGAAAAUAUUCAAUGAGACGGUUUUCA